AUGGGACUGGCCUCUCCCAUCCUGAUGGAAUCCCUUCCCUCUCAGUGUUCUCCACUCCUCCAGCACCCCCUACCUCCCCUAAAUUCCCCUCCUUCCCAGUGUUCUCCUCCUGCUCUGCCACUGUCCAUUCCCUCCCCACUGAGUCCCAUAGAGAAGGCAAUGGAGGUCUCACAUGAGGCUGAGCCGCCUGAGAUGGAGAUUGAAAAAGCCCCAGAACCUGAAUGCCCAGCCUUGGAGCCUAGCCCUACUAGUCCUCUCCCUUCCCCCAUGGGAAACCUUUCCUGUCCUGCACCCAGCCCUGCCCCACCCCUGGAAGACUUCUCUGGCCUGGGGGAAGACACAGCCCCUCUGGAUGGGACUGACACUCCUGAUUCCCAGCCAGAGGCUGGACAGACCCCUGGCAGUUUGGCUAGUGAACUUAAGGGUUCCCCUGUGCUCCUGGACCCCGAGGAGCUAGCCCCUGUGACCCCUAUGGAGGUCUAUGGCCCAGAGUGCAAGCAGACAGGGCAGGGCUCACCCUGUGAAGAGCAAGAGGAGCCACAUGCACCAGUGGCCCCUACCCCACCUGUUCUCAUCAAAUCCGACAUCGUUAAUGAGAUCUCCAAUCUGAGCCAGGGCGAUGCCAGUGCCAGUUUUCCUGGCUCAGAGCCUCUGCUGGGCUCUCCUGACCCCGAGGGGGGCGGCUCCUUGUCUAUGGAGUUGGGGGUAUCUACAGAUGUUAGUCCAGCUCGAGAUGAAGGCUCCCUUCGGCUCUGUACUGACUCUCUGCCAGAGACUGAUGACUCACUACUGUGUGAUAAUGGGACAGCUGUCAGUGGAGGCAAAGCUGAAGGGGACAAGGGGAAGCGGCGCAGCUCCCCAGCUCGUUCCCGCAUCAAACAGGGUCGCAGCAGUAGUUUCCCAGGAAGACGCCGGCCACGUGGAGGAGCACAUGGAGGACGCGGGAGAGGACGGGCCCGGCUAAAAUCAACCACUUCUUCCAUUGAGACUCUGGUAGUUGCUGAUAUCGAUAGCUCUCCCAGCAAGGAGGAAGAAGAUGAUGAUGACGACACCAUGCAAAAUACUGUGGUUCUUUUCUCCAAUACAGACAAGUUUGUCCUAAUGCAGGACAUGUGUGUAGUAUGUGGCAGCUUUGGCCGGGGAGCAGAGGGCCACCUCCUUGCCUGCUCUCAGUGUUCGCAGUGCUAUCACCCAUACUGUGUCAACAGCAAGAUCACCAAGGUGAUGCUGUUAAAGGGCUGGCGUUGUGUGGAGUGCAUCGUGUGUGAGGUAUGCGGCCAGGCUUCAGACCCCUCACGCCUGCUGCUCUGUGAUGACUGUGACAUUAGCUACCACACCUACUGCCUGGACCCCCCACUGCUCACCGUGCCCAAAGGCGGCUGGAAGUGCAAGUGGUGUGUGUCUUGUAUGCAGUGUGGGGCCGCCUCCCCUGGCUUCCACUGUGAAUGGCAGAACAGUUACACACACUGCGGGCCCUGUGCCAGCUUGGUGACCUGCCCUAUCUGUCAUGCCCCAUAUGUGGAAGAGGACCUUCUGAUCCAGUGCCGCCAUUGUGAACGGUGGAUGCAUGCUAGCUGCGAGAGCCUCUUCACAGAGGAUGAUGUGGAGCAGGCAGCCGAUGAGGGCUUUGACUGUGUCUCCUGCCAGCCUUACAUAAUUAAGCCUGCUGCACCUGUUGCGCCUCCAGAGUUGGUGUCUAUGAAGGUGAAAGAGCCAGAGCCCCAGUACUUUCGCUUCGAGGGUGUGUGGCUGACAGAAACUGGCAUGGCUGUGCUGCGUAACCUUACCAUGUCACCCCUACACAAGCGGCGCCAGCGGCGAGGACGGCUUGGCCUCCCGGGUGAGGCUGGGCUGGAAGGUUCCGAGCCCUCAGAUGCCCUUGGCCCUGAUGACAAGAAGGAUGGGGACCUAGACACCGAAGAGCUGCUCAAGGGUGAAGGUGGUGUGGAGCACAUGGAGUGUGAAAUUAAACUGGAGGGCCCCAUCAGCCCUGACGUAGAGCCUGGCAAGGAGGAGACUGAGGAGAGCAAAAAACGCAAACGCAAACCCUAUCGUCCCGGCAUUGGUGGUUUCAUGGUGCGACAGCGGAAAUCCCACACACGUGUGAAAAAGGGACCUGCUGCACAGGCGGAGGUGUUGAGUGGGGAUGGGCAGCCCGACGAGGGUGAGACUGUGAUGCCUGCUGACCUGCCUGCAGAGGGCUCUGUGGAACAGAGCCCAGCAGAUGCAGAAGAAAAGAAGAAGCAGCAGCGGCGAGGGCGCAAGAAGAGCAAACUAGAGGACAUGUUUCCUGCUUACCUGCAGGAGGCCUUCUUUGGGAAGGAGCUGUUGGACUUGAGCCGGAAGGCCCUUUUUGCAGUUGGGGUGGGCCGGCCAAGCUUUGCACUAGGAACCCCAAAAGCCAAGGGGGACGGAAGCUCAGAUAGGAAGGAGCUCCCCACCUUACAGAAAGGAGAUGAUGGUACAGAGGUUGCAGAUGAAGAAUCCCGUGGUGCUGAGGGCAAGGCUGAUACACCAGGACCUGAGGAUGGGGGCGUAAAAGCAUCCCCAGUGCCCAGUGACCCCGAGAAGCCAGGAACCCCGGGAGAAGGGAUGCUUAGCUCUGACUUAGACAGGAUUCCUACAGAAGAACUGCCCAAGAUAGAAUCCAAGGACCUUCAGCAGCUCUUCAAGGACGUUCUGGGUUCUGAGCGAGAGCAGCAUCUGGGUUGUGGAACCCCUGGCCUAGAUGGCAGCCGAACGCCGCUGCAGAGGCCCUUUCUUCAAGGUGGACUCCCUUUGGGCAAUCUCCCCUCCAGCAGCCCAAUGGACUCCUAUCCUGGCCUCUGCCAAUCCCCAUUCUUGGAUUCUAGGGAGCGCGGGGGCUUCUUUAGCCCGGAACCAGGUGAACCAGACAGUCCCUGGACAGGCUCAGGGGGCACCACGCCCUCCACCCCCACCACCCCCACCACGGAGGGUGAGGGCGACGGGCUUUCCUAUAACCAGCGGAGUCUUCAGCGCUGGGAGAAGGAUGAGGAGUUGGGCCAACUCUCCACUAUCUCGCCUGUGCUGUAUGCCAACAUUAACUUUCCCAAUCUCAAGCAAGAUUACCCAGACUGGUCCAGCCGUUGCAAACAAAUCAUGAAGCUCUGGAGAAAAGUUCCAGCCGCUGAUAAAGCCCCCUAUCUGCAAAAGGCCAAAGAUAACCGGGCGGCUCACCGCAUCAACAAGGUGCAAAAGCAGGCUGAGAGCCAGAUCAACAAGCAGACCAAGGUGGGCGACAUGGCCCGUAAGACUGACCGACCGGCCCUACAUCUCCGCAUUCCCCCCCAGCCAGGGGCACUGGGCAGUCCGCCCCCCGCUGCGGCCCCCACCAUUUUCAUUGGCAGCCCCACUUCCGCCGCCGGCUUGUCUACCUCUGCGGACGGGUUCCUGAAGCCGCCGGCGGGCACGGUGCCUGGCCCCGACUCGCCCGGUGAGCUCUUCCUCAAGCUCCCAUCCCAGGUGCCCGCCCAAGUGCCUUCGCAGGACCCCUUUGGACUGGCCCCUGCUUACGCUCUGGAGCCCCGCUUCCCCACAGCACCAUCUACCUAUCCUCCCUAUCCUAGUCCGACUGGGGCUCCUGUGCAGCCCCCGACGCUGGGCACCUCAUCUCGUCCUGGGACUGGCCAGCCAGGGGAAUUCCACACUACCCCUCCUGGCACCCCCCGACACCAGCCCUCCACACCUGAUCCCUUCCUCAAACCCCGCUGCCCCUCAUUGGACAACCUGGCUGUGCCUGAGAGCCCAGGGGUAGGGAGUGGCAAGGCUUCCGAGCCCCUGCUGUCACCCUCGCCUUUUGGGGAGUCUCGGAAAGCUCUGGAGGUGAAGAAGGAAGAGCUUGGGGCAUCCUCUCCUAGCUAUGGGCCUCCAAACCUGGGCUUUGUUGACUCACCCUCAGGCCCCCACCUGGGCAGCCUAGAGUUAAAGGCACCUGAUGUCUUCAAAGCCCCCCUAACCCCUCGGGCAUCUCAGGUAGAGCCCCAGAGCCCGGGCUUGGGCCUAAGGCCCCAGGAGCCAUCCCCUGCCCAGGGUUUGGCCCCUUCUCCCCCCAGCCACUCAGAUAUCUUUCGCCCUGGCCCCUACCCUGACCCUUAUGCUCAGCCCCCAUUGACCCCUCGACCCCAGCCCCCAGCCCCUGAGAGCUGCUGUGCCCUACCCCCUCGAUCACUGCCCUCUGACCCUUUCUCCCGAGUGCCCGCUAGUCCCCAGUCCCAAUCCAGCUCCCAGUCCCCAUUGACACCCCGUCCUUUAUCUGCUGAGGCUUUUUGUCCAUCUCCUGUGACCCCUCGCUUCCAAUCCCCUGACCCUUAUUCCCGCCCACCCUCUCGCCCUCAGUCCCGUGACCCAUUUGCCCCAUUGCAUAAGCCACCCCGACCCCAGCCCCCUGAAGUUGCCUUUAAGUCUGGGCCUCUAGCCCACACUCCACUGGGGGCUGGGGGCUUUCCAGCAGCCCUGCCCUCAGGGCCAGCAGGUGAGCUCCAUGCCAAGGUCCCAAGUGGGCAGCCCCCAAAUUUCGCCCGAUCCCCUGGGACGGGUGCAUUUGUGGGUACGCCCUCUCCCAUGCGUUUCACUUUCCCACAGGCAGUAGGGGAACCCUCUUCUCUAAAGCCCCCUGUCCCUCAGCCUGGUCUCCCUCCACCCCAUGGGAUCAACAGCCAUUUUGGGCCUGGCCCUACUUUGGGCAAGCCUCAAAGCACAAACUACUCAGUAGCCACGGGGAACUUCCACCCAUCGGGUAGCCCUCUGGGACCCAGCAGCGGGUCCACAGGAGAGGGCUAUGGGCUGUCCCCGCUACGCCCCCAAUCGGUCCUACCACCACCUGCACCCGAUGGAUCCCUCCCCUACCCGCCCCAUGGAGCCUCACAGCGGGCUGGCAUCACCUCUCCAGUCGAUAAGCGAGAAGACCCAGGAGCUGGAAUGGCCGGCUCUUUGGCAGCACCUGAACUUCCAGGUACCCAGGACCCAGGUAUCUCCAGCCUCAGCCAGACAGAGCUGGAGAAGCAACGACAGCGUCAGCGACUGCGAGAGCUGUUGAUUCGGCAACAGAUCCAGCGCAAUACCCUGCGGCAGGAGAAGGAAACAGCGGCAGCAGCUGCAGGAGCAGUGGGGCCUGCAGGGAGCUGGGGUGCUGAGCCCAGCAACCCUGCCUUUGAGCAGCUGAGUCGAGGCCAGACCCCCUUUGUUGGGACCCAGGAUAAGAGUAGCCUUGGGCUGCCCUCAAACAAGCUGGGUGGCCCCAUCCUAGGGCCAGGGGCUUUCCCAAGUGAUGACCGACUCUCACGGCCACCUCCACCAGCCACCCCUUCCUCUAUGGAUGUGAAUAGCCGGCAACUGGUGGGAGGCUCCCAAGCCUUCUAUCAGCGAGCACCCUAUCCUGGGUCCCUGCCCUUACAGCAGCAACAGCAACACCAACACCUCUGGCAGCAGCAGCAGCAAGCAACAGCAGCAAACUCCAUGAGACUUGCCAUGUCUACUCGCUUUUCAUCAACUCCUGGGCCUGAACUUGGCCGCCAAAACCUAGGUUCCCCUAUGGCAGGACUUCCCACUCGCCUGCCUGGCCCUGGUGAGCCAGUGCCUGGUCCAGCUGGUCCUGCCCAGUUCAUUGAGUUGCGGCACAAUGUACAAAAAGUACUAGGACCUGGGGGGCCUCCAUUUCCUGGUCAGGGUCCUCCUCAGAGACCCCGUUUUUACCCUGUAAGUGAGGACUCCCACCGAUUGGCUCCUGAAGGGCUUCGUGGUCUAACGGUAUCAGGCCUUCCCCCACAGAAACCCUCAGCCCCGCUGGCCCCUGAACUAAACAACAGCCUCCAUCCAGCCCCCAACACCAAGGGUCCCACCCUGACCCCUGGCUUGGAGCUGGUCAGCCGGCCCCCGUCGAGCACUGAGCUUGGCCGCCCCCCUCCUCUGGCCCUGGAAGCUGGGAAAUUACCCUGUGAAGACCCUGAGCUGGAUGAUGACUUUGAUGCACACAAGGCCCUGGAGGAUGAUGAGGAACUUGCUCACUUGGGCCUGGGUGUGGAUGUGGCCAAGGGAGAUGAUGAGCUGGGCACCCUGGAAAACCUGGAGACCAACGAUCCCCACCUAGAUGACCUGCUCAAUGGAGAUGAGUUUGACCUGCUGGCCUAUACUGACCCUGAGUUGGACACUGGAGACAAGAAGGACAUCUUCAAUGAGCACCUGAGGCUGGUGGAGUCAGCCAAUGAAAAGGCUGAGCGGGAGGCCCUGUUGCGGGGGGUGGAGCCAGGACCCCUGGGCCCUGAGGAACGCCCUCCCCCUGCUGCUGAUGCUUCUGAGCCCCGUCUGGCACCAGUGCUCCCUGAGGUGAAGCCCAAGGUGGAGGAGGGUGGGCGCCACCCUUCCCCUUGCCAGUUCACCAUCACCAACCCCAAGGUAGAGCCAGCGCCUGCCACCACUUCCCUAGGCCUGGGACUGAAGCCAGGUCAGAGUGUGAUGGGCAGCCGGGACACACGGAUGGGCACAGGACCCUUUUCCAGCAGUGGGCACACUGGAGCCACAGGAGGACCACCAGCUCACCUGCUGACCCCUAACCCACUGAGUGGCCCAGGAGGAUCCUCUCUGCUGGAGAAGUUUGAAUUAGAGAGUGGAGCCCUGACCUUGCCCGGUGGACAUGCAGCAUCUGGGGAUGAGUUGGACAAGAUGGAGAGUUCUCUGGUCGCCAGUGAGUUACCGCUGCUUAUUGAAGACCUGCUGGAGCAUGAGAAGAAGGAGCUGCAGAAGAAACAGCAGCUCUCAGCACAGCUGCAGCCGGCCCAGCAGCAACAGCAGCAUUCUCUACUGUCCACACCAGGCCCUGCCCCGACCAUGUCUUUGUCACAUGAGGGCUCUUCUUCCACUUUGGCUGGGCCCCAACAACAGCUUGCCCUGGGACUUGGAGGUGCACGACAGCCAGGCUUAGCCCAACCACUGAUGCCCACCCAGCCACCAGCUCAUGCCCUUCAGCAGCGCCUGGCCCCAUCCAUGGCCAUAGUGUCCAACCAAGGACAUAUGAUGAGUGGGCAGCAUGGGGGGCAAGCAGGCUUGGUGUCCCAGCAGAGUCCACAGCCAGUGCUGGCACAGAAGCCCAUGGGUACCAUGCCACCCUCCAUGUGCAUGAAACCCCAACAGCUGGCGAUGCAGCAGCAGCUGGCUAACAGCUUCUUCCCAGAUACAGACCUGGACAAAUUUGCUGCAGAAGAUAUCAUUGAUCCCAUUGCAAAGGCCAAGAUGGUAGCUUUGAAAGGCAUCAAGAAGGUGAUGGCUCAGGGUAGCAUUGGAGUGGCACCUGGUAUGAACAGGCAGCAAGUGUCCUUGCUAGCCCAGAGGCUCUCAGGGGGGACUGGCAGUGAUCUGCAGAACCAUGUAGCAACUGGGAGUGGCCAGGAGAGGAAUGCUGGUGACCCCUCCCAGGCUCGUCCCAAUCCACCUACUUUUGCCCAGGGAGUGAUCAAUGAGGCUGACCAGCGACAGUAUGAAGAGUGGCUGUUCCAUACCCAACAGCUCCUACAGAUGCAGCUGAAGGUACUAGAGGAACAGAUUGGUGUGCACCGCAAAUCCCGGAAGGCUCUGUGUGCCAAACAGCGUACUGCCAAAAAGGCUGGCCGGGAGUUCCCAGAGGCUGAUGCUGAGAAGCUCAAGUUGGUUACGGAGCAGCAGAGCAAGAUCCAGAAACAGCUGGAUCAGGUCCGGAAGCAACAGAAGGAGCACACAAAUCUCAUGGCAGAAUAUCGGAAUAAGCAGCAGCAGCAGCAACAGCAGCAGCAGCAGCAGCAGCAACAGCAGCAACAACACUCAGCGGUGCUGGCUCUUAGCCCUUCCCAGAGUCCUCGGCUACUCACCAAGCUCCCUGGUCAGCUGCUCCCUGGCCAUGCGCUACAGCCACCACAGGGACCCCCUGGUGGGCAAGCUGCUGGACUUCGUCUGCCCCCAGGGGGCAUGGCACUACCUGGACAGCCUGGUGGCCCCUUCCUCAACACAACCUUGGCCCAACAACAACAACAACAACAUUCUGGCGGGGCUGGAGCCCUGGCUGGCCCCUCAGGGGGCUUUUUUCCUGGCAAUCUUGCUCUUCGAGGCUUGGGACCUGAUUCGAGGCUUUUGCAGGAAAGGCAGCUACAGCUACAGCAGCAACGCAUGCAGCUUGCCCAGAAAUUGCAGCAGCAGCAGCAGCAGCAGCACCUCCUAGGGCAGGUGGCAAUCCAGCAGCAACAGCAGCAGGGACCUGGGAUACAGGCAAACCAGGCUCAUGGUCCCAAGCCCCAAGGGCUUCUGCCUUCCAGCGGCCAUCAGGGUCUCUUGGUCCAGCAGCUGUCCCCUCAACCACCUCAGGGGCCCCAGGGCAUGCUGGGCCCUGCCCAGGUGGCAGUGUUGCAGCAGCAGCAAUCACACCCUGGAGCUUUGGGCCCUCAGGGUCCUCACAGACAGGUGCUUCUGACGCAGUCCCGGGUGCCAAGUUCGCCUCAGCUGGCACCGCAAAGUCAGGGCCUUAUGGGACACCGACUUGUCACAGCCCAGCAGCAGCAGCAACAGCAGCACCAACAGCAGGGACCCAUGGCAGGGCUUUCUCAUCUUCAGCAGGGUCUGAUGCCACAUAGUGGGCAGCCCAAGCUUAGCACUCAGCCAAUGGCCUCCUUACAGCAACAGCAGCUACAGCAGCAGCAGCAACAGCAACUACAGCUACAGCAGCAGCAGCAGCUACAGCAGCUACAACAGCAACAGCAGCUUCAACAGCAGCAGCAGCAGCAGCUACAACAGCAGCAACAGCUACAACAGCAGCAACAGCUACAACAGCAGCAACAGCUACAACAGCAGCAACAGCUUCAGCAGCAGCAACAGCUACAACAGCAGCAGCAGCUUCAGCAGCAGCAACAGCUACAACAGCAGCAGCAGCUUCAGCAGCAGCAACAGCUACAACAGCAGCAGCAGCUUCAACAGCAGCAACAACAGCUACAACAGCAACAGCAGCUACAACAGCAACAGCAGCAGCUACAACAGCAACAGCAGCUUCAGCAGCAGCAACAGCAGCAGAUAGGCCUCUUAAACCAGAGUCGAACUUUACUGUCUCCUCAGCAGCAGCAGCAGCAGCAGCAGCAGCAAGUGACUCUUGGUCCUGGAAUGCCAGCUAAGCCUCUGCAACAACACUUUUCUAGCUCCGGAGCCUUGGGCCCAACCCUCCUCUUAACGGGCAAGGAACAAAGCAUUGCAGAGACCACUCUUCCUCCAGAGGCUACUGAGGGGCCCUCCACACAUCAGGGAGGUGUAGCAAUGGGGACUGUACCUGAGGCAGUGCCCACUGAACCAGGGGAAGUAAAGCCCUCACUCUCUGGGGACUCCCAACUCCUGCUUGUCCAACCCCAGGCCCAGCCUCAGCCCAACUCUGUGCCACUGCAGCCACCUCUGAGGCUCCAAGGACAGCAGCAGCAGCAAGUUAACUUGCUCCACACAGCAGGUGUGGGCAGCCAUGGGCAAUCAAACAGUGGAUCAUCUUCAGAGGCCUCUUCUGUGCCACACCUGCUGGCCCAAUCAUCUGUUUCCUUAGGGGAGCAGCCUGGGCCCAUAACUCAGAACCUUCUGGGCUCCCAACAGCACCAUGGACUAGAGCGGCCCUUGCAAAAUAAUGCAGGGCCACAGUCUGCCAAACCAGGAUCUGUCCCCCAGUCUGGGCAGGGCCUGCCUGGGGCUGGAGUCAUGCCUACAGUGGGUCAGUUUCGAGCACAGCUCCAAGGAGUUUUGGCCAAAAACCCACAGUUGCGGCACUUGAGCCCUCAGCAGCAGCAGCAGCUGCAGACACUCCUCAUGCAGCGGCAGCUACAGCAGAGUCAGUCCAUACGCCAGGCCCCACCCUAUCAGGAACCUGGGACCCAGCCCUCUCCCCUCCAGGGUCUCCUAGGCCGCCAGCCCCAACUUGGGGGCUUCCCUGGAUCCCAGACUGGACCUCUCCAGGAGCUAGGGGCAGGGCUUCGACCUCAGGGCCCACCCCGGCUCCCUGCCCCACAAGGAGCCUUAUCAACUGGACCAGUCCUUGGUCCUGUUCAUCCCACACCUCCACCAUCUAGCCCACAAGAGCCAAAGAGACCUUCACAAUUACCAUCCCCUAGUUCCCAGCUCCCCUCUGAGGCCCAGCUCCCUCCCACACAGCCAGGGACUCCCAAACCCCAAGGGCUGCCCUUGGAGUUACCUCCUGGGAAGAUCUCACCUGCUGCUGCCCAGCUUGCAGAUACCUUAUUUGGCAAGGGGCUGGGACCUUGGGAUCCCCCAGACAACCCAGCAGAAGCCCAGAAGCCGGAACAGAGCAGCCUGGUACCUGGGCAUCCAGAGCAGGUGAAUGGGCAGGCGGUGCCCGAACCAUCCUAUCUCAGCAUCAAGCAGGAGCCUCGGGAAGAGCCAUGUGCCCUGGGAACCCAAGUGGUGAAGAGGGAGGCCAAUGGGGAGCCAAUAGGGACACCAGGUACCGGCAACCACCUCCUGCUGGCAGGGCCCCGCUCAGAGGCCGGGCAUCUGCUCUUGCAGAAGCUUCUACGUGCAAAGAAUGUGCAACUCAGCACUGGGCGGGGGCCCGAGGGGCUGCGAACAGAGAUCAACGGGCACAUUGACAGCAAGUUGGCUGGGCUGGAGCAGAAACUACAGGGUACCCCCAGCAAUAAGGAGGAUACAGCAGCCAGGAAACCUUUGACACCGAAGCCCAAGCGGGUACAGAAGGCAAGCGACAGGUUGGUGAGCUCCCGAAAGAAGCUGCGGAAGGAGGACGGGGUCAGGGCCAGCGAGGCCUUGCUGAAACAGCUAAAACAGGAGCUGUCCCUGCUGCCCCUAACGGAGCCUACCAUCACCGCCAAUUUUAGCCUCUUUGCUCCCUUUGGCAGUACCUGCCCAAUCAGUGGGCAGUGCCAGCUGAGGGGGACCUUUGGAAGUGGGACACUGCCCACUGGCCCUGACUACUAUUCCCAGCUGCUUACCAAGAAUAACCUGAGUAACCCGCCGACACCACCCUCGUCGCUGCCCCCCACCCCACCCCCAUCGGUGCAGCAGAAGAUGGUGAAUGGCGUCACUCCAUCUGAAGAGCUGGGGGAGCACCCCAAGGAUGCUGCCUCUGCCCGGGAUACUGAAGGAACAUUGAGGGAUACUUCAGAGGUGAAGAGUCUAGAUCUGCUGGCUGCCUUGCCUACACCCCCUCACAAUCAGACUGAGGAUGUCAGGAUGGAGAGUGAUGAGGACAGUGAUUCUCCUGACAGCAUUGUGCCAGCUUCAUCCCCUGAGAGCAUCCUGGGGGAGGAGGCACCUCGUUUCCCUCAGCUGGGCUCAGGGCAGUGGGAGCAGGAAGACCGGGCUCUUUCCCCUGUCAUCCCCAUCAUUCCUCGGGCCAGCAUUCCAGUCUUCCCAGAUACCAAACCUUAUGGGGCUCUAGACCUGGAGGUCCCUGGAAAGCUGCCUGCCACAACUUGGGAAAAGGGCAAAGGAAGUGAGGUGUCAGUCAUGCUGACGGUCUCUGCUGCUGCAGCCAAGAACCUGAAUGGUGUGAUGGUGGCAGUGGCAGAGCUGUUAAGCAUGAAGAUCCCCAACUCCUAUGAGGUGCUGUUCCCCGAGAGCCCUGCCCGGGCAGGCAUUGAGCCUAAGAAGGGGGAAGCUGAGGGCCCUGGUGGGAAAGAAAAAGGUCUGGGAGGCAAGAGCCCAGAAGCUGGCCCUGACUGGCUGAAGCAAUUUGAUGCCAUGUUGCCUGGCUAUACUCUCAAGAGCCAGCUAGACAUCUUGAGCCUCCUGAAACAGGAGAGCCCUAUCCCAGAGCCACCCACCCAACACAGCUACACCUACAAUGUCUCCAAUCUGGACGUUCGACAGCUCUCCGCCCCACCUCCUGAAGAACCCUCCCCACCCCCAUCCCCCGUGGCACCCUCUCCUGCCAGCCCCCCUGCUGAACCCCUAGUCGAGCUCCCUGCUGAACCCUCAGUUGAGCCAUCUGUCCCAUCGCCUCUGCCCCUGGCCUCCUCCCCUGAGUCCACCCGGCCCAAGCCCCGAGCCCGGCCCCCUGACGAAGGUGAAGAUUGCCGGCCCCCUCGACUCAAGAAGUGGAAAGGGGUGCGCUGGAAGCGUCUGCGGCUGCUCCUGACCAUCCAGAAGGGCAGUGGGCAGCAGGAGGAUGAGCGGGAAGUGGCAGAGUUUAUGGAACAACUUGGCACAGCCCUGCGACCUGACAAGGUGCCUCGAGACCUGCGGCGCUGCUGCUUCUGUCAUGAGGAGGGUGAUGGGGCCACCGAUGGGCCUGCCCGUUUGCUGAACCUGGACCUGGACCUGUGGGUGCACCUCAACUGUGCCCUGUGGUCCACGGAGGUCUAUGAGACCCAGGGUGGGGCGCUGAUGAAUGUGGAAGUGGCCCUCCACCGAGGACUGCUAACCAAGUGCUCCUUGUGCCAGCGCACCGGUGCCACCAGCAGCUGCAAUCGCAUGCGUUGUCCCAACGUCUACCAUUUUGCCUGCGCCAUCCGCGCCAAGUGCAUGUUCUUCAAGGACAAGACCAUGCUGUGUCCAAUGCAUAAGAUCAAAGGGCCCUGUGAGCAAGAGCUGAGCUCUUUUGCUGUCUUCCGGCGGGUCUACAUUGAGCGGGAUGAGGUGAAGCAAAUCGCUAGCAUCAUCCAGCGGGGAGAGCGGCUGCACAUGUUCCGGGUAGGGGGCCUUGUGUUCCAUGCCAUUGGACAGCUGCUCCCUCAUCAGAUGGCCGACUUCCACAGUGCCACUGCCCUUUAUCCCGUUGGCUACGAAGCCACACGCAUCUACUGGAGCCUUCGCACCAAUAACCGCCGCUGCUGCUACCGCUGCUCUAUUGGUGAGAACAACGGUCGGCCGGAGUUCAUAAUCAAAGUCAUGGAGCAGGGCCUGGAGGACCUGGUCUUCGCUGACGCCUCUCCCCAGGCUGUGUGGAAUCGCAUCAUUGAGCCUGUGGCUGCCAUGAGAAAAGAGGCCGACAUGCUGAGGCUCUUCCCUGAGUACCUGAAAGGCGAGGAACUCUUUGGGCUGACGGUGCAUGCCGUGUUGCGCAUAGCUGAAUCACUGCCUGGAGUGGAGAGCUGUCAAAACUAUUUAUUCCGCUAUGGACGCCACCCCCUAAUGGAGCUACCACUCAUGAUCAACCCCACUGGUUGUGCCCGAUCAGAGCCUAAAAUCCUCACACACUACAAACGGCCCCACACCCUGAACAGCACCAGCAUGUCCAAGGCAUAUCAGAGCACCUUCACAGGCGAGACUAACACCCCGUACAGCAAGCAGUUUGUGCACUCCAAGUCAUCUCAAUAUCGGCGGCUGCGCACUGAGUGGAAGAACAAUGUGUAUCUGGCUCGCUCCCGCAUCCAGGGCCUGGGGCUUUACGCAGCCAAGGACCUAGAAAAACACACAAUGGUCAUUGAGUACAUUGGCACCAUCAUUCGCAACGAGGUGGCCAACCGGCGGGAAAAAAUCUAUGAGGAGCAGAAUCGAGGCAUCUACAUGUUCCGGAUAAACAAUGAACAUGUAAUUGAUGCUACGUUGACUGGAGGCCCUGCCAGGUACAUUAACCAUUCCUGUGCCCCUAACUGUGUGGCGGAAGUUGUGACAUUUGACAAAGAGGAUAAAAUCAUCAUCAUCUCCAGCCGGCGAAUCCCCAAAGGAGAGGAGCUGACCUAUGACUAUCAGUUUGACUUUGAGGACGAUCAGCACAAGAUCCCCUGCCACUGUGGAGCCUGGAAUUGUCGGAAAUGGAUGAAUUAA